AUGGGUGUUAAAGAUAUUGAGGCAAUCAUCAGAGAAGCUGCAGAGCCUUUGCCACCACUUUCAGGGAAGACGAUUCAAGAAAUAGAGAUCGAGUACAAAGACGAGCCAACUCUAGCUAAAAACUUAAGAAAUAACCCCAACGACUUCACAAGUCGGUUUUUACUGGAGCAUGUUGAGUUUGUUCAUCUAUCUCGAGGGAAAGUGAGGACUAUUCAUAACCUUGGCGAGAGUGGUGAUAAUAAGCGCUGCGGGCCUUUACAGCGGCAAGGCAAGAGUAAUGAUAAUGGGGACAAGUUUGCAGGUCAUCUGGGCUUGAGAAAUACUGAAGGAUUAAAAAAUGAUGAUAAGGGUUCGGAUUCUGAUACAGGUUCGGAUUCAGAUUCAGAUUCAGAUUCAGAGUGCACAGAGGAUGGGGGGGAUACAUCGGAGGGAUUCUUUGACGAAACAGAAGUGGAAGAUUUUAGUAAACGGUCUACAGGCGAUACAGUGGCACGUGAAAACUCAAAUGUUGGUUCUGAAGUAGUCUCAGAUGAAUUUAACUCUGCGAAGUUUACUGUAGACUCUGGGAUAAGAUCUGUGGAAUCUGUUGUAUUUCUUGACAAGUCCCCAACAUUUUCUCCGCGUGAACCAAGCACGGCAUCAAAUUGGCCAGUUGGCUUGAUAAGAAGUACUGAGAUGACGUCUUUGAAGUUAUCCCCAAGUUCCCAUAUGUCUUCAGAGCCCCGAGACGUCUCACAGAACUCAACUUCAAAACCUCUCGGGGACGGAAUCUCUUCAACAGCUUCUGCAAAUGAACCCCAAUCCAACAACUCUGAGAAGACUGAAAAGUCGGACAAGCCAGAGAACUCGAGUAAGUCUGCCAAAUCGCAGAAGUCCACGAAGUCAGAGAAGUCCACGAAAUCAGAGAAGUCCUCUAAAUCUGACAAGUCCAUCAAAUCAGAGAAAUCCACUAAAUCAGAAAAAUCCACUAAAUCAGAAAAAUCCACUAAAUCGGAUAAAUCAAUUAAGUCGGAUAAAUCAACGAAGUCUGACAAGUCCAAGAAAUCUGACAAGUCCAAGAAAUCCGAGAAGUCCACUAAGUCAAGUUCUCUAGAUUCUUCCACAUCAGCAAGGUCUACAAAAGCAUCCAAGUCUACUUGUUCAGAUUCUCAAAACUCUACCAGCAAAACAACUCUUUCAACUGCAUCGGAACUACGCUCAGCCAAAUCGUCCUCAAUUAAAUCAAAUAGCACUGUAAAACCAUAUAAUGCAUCCAGCACUUUUUCGGAACAAUCCUCUAUCACAUCUAGUGUUGCAAAGGUAACUGCUACAUCAGAUUUAUAUUCUGAAAGAUCUUCAUUAUGCAAAUCUACAAGUACUGCAAAGUUGACGAACAUAUCAUCGGAUCUAUACUCAGAUAAUACUUCAUCGAACAAAUCCACUAAUACUGCAAAAUUUACCGCAUCAUCAUCAGACUUAUAUUCAGAUAACACUUCUUCAAAUAAAUCUACCAGCACUUCAGAUCUAUACUCUGACAAUACUUCAAAUACAUCUACUGGUAAUGCAAGGCUGAAUGCUAACAUGUAUUCGGGAAAUUCAUCCUCUGAUACAUCAUCGAACACUCAAAGGCGCACUAUCACAUCUGAUGAACAAUCUGAAAGGUCUUCUUUGUCAAGCAAAUCAACUAUAUAUGUUGCAAGAUCGACCACAGUAACUGAUUCAGAGCACUUGGAAAGCACUCCGGAAGGUUAUUCAGAUGAAUCCUCUCUGUCUAGUAAGGAGACCAAGUCUACUAAAUCCAGUUUGACGGAAAAGUCAGCAACUUCAACAAACUCUUCCAAGUCCAACAAUUCAGACUCUUCUAAUCAUGAUAAGGAAUCAUCCAAUUCUAUAGACAGAUCUGACGCGCCUACUAAAUCAGCUCUAUCAGAAAGUUGCCAUGAGUCCACUGAGUCUGAACUAUAUUCACAAAAGUCAACAGAAAAGUCGACAGAAAAUCCAGAUGGCUCUGUACCUUACUCUAGAGAUUCUGGACCUGUUACUGGUGCAUUAGAUUAUUUUUCAGCCUUAAAUUCUGAACGGUCUUCCGCACUGAGAACAGGUAACACAAUGUCUUCCGAAUUGGUAAGUGAAAAAUCGGUGUCAGACUCAAUGUUUGUGAGCACGAAUAUUAACAUAAAUUCAACACCAAAGACGGCUUCCUCUAUUCAAGGUUCGGAACUCACUUUUGAUAGAUCAAUCAAUGAUUCAGAAUUUGAAACAGCACAUGCAAACUUUGAUUCUGCUCAGAGGACGGCCAGAUCGGCGCAAUGUUCUGAAUUGACAACCAAUAAAUCUGUGGCACCCUCUGAAUACUUAACUGCCAAAUCGCACCUAAACUCUGAAUUACCAACAGCCAAAACUAUUUCUGAUUAUAACACUAAUACAGCUUCUACUGAAUUGUAUUGCGAGCAGUCUGCUUCAUCAGUAAAAACUGACGUGUUAAUUGAGUCACCUUCUGCAGCUGCCAAAACUUCCGAAGAGCCUGGGUUACGCCCCAGACUACGGACUACCAGCUCUGGAAAGUCAGUAGUUCACUCAGGGAAGUCAAGUUCACUAGUGGAGGUAGAAUCUGUGCAAUCCUUAUCCUUACAGUCAUCAUUAAAGUCAGCAUCAUUAAAGUCAGUAUCAUUAAAGUCUGCAUCAUUAAAGUCUGCAUCAUUAAAGUCUGCAUCUCUGAAGUCAUUAAAUUCGUUGAAGUCGUUAAAGUCAAUUACAUCAAAUAAGUCUGGGUUGUAUUCAGAAAAACCUUCCGGUUCAAGUAAAUCUGGCCUAUAUUCUGAAAAGCCUUACCUGAGACCCAGAUCGAGAGAUUCGUGUAGUAGGCAUAGUUCCAUUUCAGAGCGUACUAAAGAAAGAGUGAAGAGACCAAGCACAGCAUCAAAAGCAGAAAAACCAAUCAGCGUAAAAUCAACUCCAAAAAGGGCUUUAGCGAGUGCAGGAAGGGCUAAAAGUAAUGAAGGAAUUAUAGAGCGCCAACUAGAACCUAUUGUUAGAGCCUCGAGAGGUCCAAGCAUCAACAAAGGGAAAAAAGGAUAUUUUGAAAAUGAAGAUACUGGAACCAUUGCGGAUGCAAUUGCGGACGCAAUUGGAGGAGUCGAAACCACAAAAAUAAGGAUUUCUGGUGAGAAUCCAACAGCAGAUCCAGAAAAAGAAUCAUUUCUAGAAACAGAUGAAGAUGCAAUAGCGGAUGCCAUUGCAGAUGCCAUUGCAGACGCCAUUGCCGAAGCCGAGCCUUAUGUGGGUUCAGCGGUGUUUGAUACUACUACUGCUUUGGAUAAACCCAUUAAUGAUUUAUCUUCGGGAAAGGCCAUCGAACUCGAUAAGGAAUACACUCUUACAACCGAAGGUGAGAUCAAUGGUAAUCAAACCCAAUCAGGACAAAUUAUAGAAAUUAACUCUGUUGGUGGGAUAAAUGGUUCUGAGACCAAAUUGGAACAUUUGGGAGCAGCGGAAUCAUCCAAAAAUAGCUUGAAAUCUGACUGCGAUCAUGCUAUUGAAUCUCAGUCGGGUCAUCAGGUUCAAGAGGAAAGUCUUGACUUAGAAAACAAACUGGAUGGUAGCCUGAAAGGGUACUUGAAAGGCUUUCUAGAGCAAUCACGGACCUAUGAAGUUAAAGAUAAAAGUAUUAACAACCUGGAUGAAAUUGAUACUGAGGAUGCAGAGGUUGCAGAUUUCAAAAAGGACCUGAAAUUAGACCGUGAAAGUAUAUCUAAAUUGUAUACUGAUGUUGUGGAACGGGGUGAUGACCCUAGUUCAGAAACAGAGAAAACACCUUUAUUCCAGCAAGACAUGGGUACUAUAUUAAAACAGAACUUGGAAACAACUUCUGGUAAAGUUGAAAAUAAUUCCUUACUAUCUGAAGCGUAUGAUGCAGAGGAAAUUAUAAAAUCUCAUCUACAAGAAGUCGACGAAGCUGAUAUUCAGGGUACCAAUGAGAAUAAGCCGUUACUUCCAAAAGUAGCUAAAGUGGCAAAGAAGAAGCAUAAUUCUGAAAAAACAAAAACGGAUAAAGAUAUUCUACCACUAUUUAAACGGACGUCAGUAGCCGAUCUGUUAAAUUCAAAUUCGAAACGAGCACACCCAAAGAAAUUGAAGUUAAAACCAAAAGCUCAGCCAGGGCCGCAUCCAGGACCGCAGCCUGGACCCGACUCAGGACCGCAGCCUGGAGCCCAGGCAGAUAAUAAUAUAAAGGAGCCUGAAAUAGAAAUCGUCAACUUCAUGGUUCAUGGUCUAGGGGGUAAUAUCAAACAUUUUGAACCACUAUUAUAUAUGUUAGAUAUCCUUGACGAAAAAUACUUGGCUUUUGAUUUACCUGGCUUCGGUGAGAGUGACCAUUGGCGUGAUGGGUACCCAAUGAUGGAAGUUGUUGAUACUGUUAAAGAAGUACUAGAUGUAAUGGUUCUUAACACCCACCCAGGUGUUAAAAUACGCUUCUACGGACAUUCUAUGGGUUGCAUUUUGAUAUUACACUUGGUUUUCCGCUAUGGUAUUAACAAUUUAAACGCGGAUAAAAUGAUUCUUUUAUCCCCACCACCCCCCAGGACCUUUAAAUCCAAAUUGGAUUUACUAGAACCAUACUUACACAUAUCGUUGUCCUUUAUAAAACCCUUUGUGAUUCUUUUACUCAAAUUUUUGAGAACCAAUUUUGACCAGACCAAAGGAUUGAAUAGCUCAGGGAUUAAAUUAUUUUUCUCUAAUUUGGGUAACAGGUAUAGAAAAUUAACGCAGUUUUAUGAUGGUGUGGCAGUGUCAACGAAGUCUAUUACUGAGUAUGUUUUAGGCUGGCAAGAUCUAGUCAACGGUCCACCAAAUUUGGGAGGUGAUUGUAAAGGUCAUGUACUAGUGGGAAGCGAGGAUAGAGUUACGCCGGCCAAUUCUACUCACUAUCCUGAAUACACCUUUAGAAUUGUUGUUAACACUGGUCAUAACUUAUUUUAUGAUGGUGCAGCAGAAGCAUUGUGGGAGGUCUAUAAGAUCUUACGUCAAAAUUAA